UGUCGGUGUUGUCUUGGGAGGCUGUGGUGGCUGGAGCGUCCAUUAAAUCUGGGAUCUUUUUUAAAGGUAAACGUGCCCCAAGGAUGUCGCGAUGUGGGCUGGAUACUGGAUCGAGCCCUACCAGAGCUAUGCCGGGGCUCCUGGCACUGUGGUGAAGAGGGGCUGCCCCAGCCGGCCUGACUUUCUGGGCACCUUCCUGACCGGAGUAUACAGAGUUAACCUUGGAGGCUCAGGAGAGGCAGUGACUGGUGGCAUCAUGGGCCAUGGGCGAUCAGGAACUACCUGGAGUUUUGGUGUCUGGAUUUGAAGGACCAUAUAGCAUAUGUGAAGAUCAUGUUGGAGUUCUGCAGAAACACUUUAAUCUCAUUACUAUGCAAGAGUUUUUGGAAAAUAAAACACACUUUGGUCCGAAGAUCCAAGCAAUAUACCUCUGGGCUGGAAAGCCACACAUCAACCAGGAGCUCCUGCAGAGCCUGCCCUCCUUGCGGGUCAUCGCCAGCUCAGGGGUAGGGCUGGACCACCUGGACCUGAAGCUCAUUGACAGCUUUGGUGUGAAGGUGGCCAACACACCCCAUGCUGUUGCCAACCCCACAGCAGACCUGGGGAUGGCCUUGCUGUUGGCCGUAGCUCGGAGAGUUGUGGAAGGUCAUCAGCUGGCUAUUUCACCACAUACGGAGAAUUUUUCUGCAAAUUGGUUGGGUGAAGAAGUGACGGGGGCCACUCUGGGAAUUAUCGGCAUGGGCAGCAUUGGCUAUAAAAUUGCUCAGAGGGCCAGAGCAUUUGAAAUGAAGAUUCUCUAUCACAAUAGAAAACGCAGGAGCUUGGAGGAGGAGGAAGCUGUUGGGGCCACUUACUGUGAGAGGCUGGAUGACUUGCUUCAGCAAUCGGACUUUGUGAUGUUAGCAGUGAACCUGACACCCCAGUCCCAAGGGCUGAUUGGGAGGAGGGAGCUAAGUUUGAUGAAGCCCACUGCCACUCUCAUCAACGUGGGCAGAGGUCUGUUAGUUGAUCAAGAUGCCCUGGUGGAAGCCCUUCAGACUGGAGUCAUUAAAGCUGCGGCACUGGAUGUGACAUACCCAGAGCCCCUGCCCAGAGAUCAUCCUUUGUUAGAGUUGAAGAACGUCACUCUGACACCUCACAUUGGAAGUGCAACCCAUCAAGCAAGACGACAGAUGAUGGAAAAUUUGGUUGAAAGCAUCCUGGCUUCUCUCAGUGGCCUUCCUAUUCCUAAUGAAGUGCUACUUAAAUGAUUUCUGUGGGUUGGAAAUUCAGUGGGAUGAUAACAUGACAGAUUUAAUGGCGGGAAAAUAAGUAUUUUGUGCACUUUAUGUUGCAGUUCAUUAUAUAGAUUGGAUUAAUACUACUUACAUGGAAAACUUAAAGAAUAGUAAUAAUAGUUACCACUUGUUGACAGUUUGCUAAAUUCAUUCCUUCCAUUCUCACUUCAUCUUCAAGGAAGCUGUAUGAGGAAGUUCUGUUAUCAUUUAUAAUGAAACAGCAGAGAGGAUUACUUGCCUAAUUUCCAAAAACCUGCACUAGGUCUGUGGAUUGCUUGGUGAGCUAUGUUGCUUUCAAUCCUGAUAAAUUUUGAUUGUUUAUUGGAUUACAUAGUCCCUCUGAUA